UGUUGUUUCAACAAGCGUAAUCAUACGCCAUGAAUAACUCUACCAUGCAAGUGUAAUAUUUUCUAUAAAAAAAAAUCUAAAAACACGUUUUUUCAAUGGAUAAACAUCCAUCGAAUACGACAGAUGUAGAUACGGCAUUAAAAAAUGCCGGUUUUGGAAAAUUUCAUAUUUUGAUCGUGAUCACUGGUGGCUUGAUGAUGUAUACAGCCAAUUCCGAAAGUUGGUCGAUUGGAUAUGCGAUUUCAUCGGCCGAAUGUGAAAUGGGUCUGGAUCUGCACGAAAAAACACUUUUAUUAUCAAUCGGAUCUUUGGGAAUGAUAUCCACACAGUUUUUCUGGGGUUAUCUCUCGGAUAAAAUCGGAAGACGCAUCGUUUUGAUCCAAACUUUACUCUUGGGAUGCAUCUGCAACAUUUUCUCGAUUCUAGUGACACCAUUUUGGUUAAUAGCUACUUUUCGGUUUAUGAACGGCGCAUUUAUUGCCGGAGCAAGUGGUCUUAGUAUUGCAUACGUAAGUGAAUUUUUUUCAUCACGACAUCGUUCCAUCGCCAUUUUGAUCAUGUCCAUCUUCAUCGGGCUCGCGUUAAUCAUGAUUCCGCUCUGGGCGUGGUUAAUCAUCCCCGAAAAGGUCUCCUGGACGUUUUUGGGGAAACAUUUAGACGCAUGGCGGAUUUAUAUGUUGGUUUCCGGUUUGCCAGCGUUGUUAGCUUGUUUCACUUUGUAUUUUUGUCCGGAAAGUCCGAAAUAUUUAGUGCAAGCACAAUGCUACCAAGAAGCUCUGGAAGUAUUGAAGCAAAUACAUAAAAUCAACAACAAUCAGACUGAGUUUACCACCGAGAAACUAUCGAAUGAUGAAGUGGGUAAUAAAGAUGUACAAAUAUGGAAGUUGUUUAGCUUCAAAUACGUUUGGAAGACGUUUGUGUUGUGUAUUUUACAAGGUGGUGUGUUUGCUACGUCGUGUGGAUUGUUUUUAUGGUAUCCUGAUAUAAUUAAACAUAUAUCAGUUUCGAAGGAAGAUGUGACUGUUUGCCAAGCUUUGGAUUUUGGUAAAACAGAUACAGAGACUGAUUGUGAUUCAGUUGAUGAUUCGGUGUACGUGCAGAAUAUUUUAGUUGGUGUGGCGUAUACGGUGGGAUAUGUUGUGAUAAGUGCCUUGGUAAACAAAAUAGGCAUUAGGAAUAUUCUAGUUUCUUUUCUCGGCGUUGCGGGUUUGGCAACUUUUGCAUUACACGUAGUCGUAAAUCAGGAUAUUAUCAAUAUUUUAUUUAUUUUACUCCUGACACUUUCUGGAGUGUGCGCUGUGGUUGUAAAUGCUGCUGUCGUGGAUCUGUAUCCGACUAAAAUGAGAGGAAUGGCAAUUUGUAUGGUGAUGCUGAGUGGACGCAUUGGUAGCAUACUGGCGAGUUUUUUAGUUGGUUAUUUACUCAUCUGGAAUUGCCAAGUUACGUUUAUCUUGUUUGGAGUCAGUCUCAUUGGAUGUUCUAUACUGAGUGUAGCAUUAACUCUAUAUCUUCCUAAUAAAAAUUGUUGGGAAUGAAGUGGGUGAUGAACUGAUGAAGAAUUCUAUAGAUGGCGAUGGUUAACCUUCUAUGUAAAUUUUGUUAAGCGACGGACACAAAAUGGGGAUUUUUGGAAUAACUCACCAGCUAUCGGAGGGGUUUUGACUAAACCACUUAUAUAGUAAAAUGAUGAUUUUGGGAAAUGAUCACUGAUUAUAUCCCGCUUGUCGUACCAUCUAUCGCAGUGGUUCUCGGCAAAUAUCUGAUCUACUAUAUUGAUAGCUCCAAACUUUUAAAAAUAUUUAAAAACAAAAAUUUCUGGUUUUGUGGUAGAAUUUUCAAGUUGUAGUUGUGACAAUAUCCAGUACGCCCUCUAGUGUCAAAAAGCAUAACAAUAUUUAAAUAUAACUUUGUAUAGUUAAAUUUACAUACUGAACAAACUACAUUUAAUAAUUACUUAUAUACUAAACUCAUAAUUAUAAGUUACCUUUACUUUAUUUUACAAAGUAAUAAUAGUAUAAAGUAUAACAA